AUGACCUCGUUGGUCUCCCGUCUCACCUCGAGUCUCCGCAACCUCAAACUCAGCUGGAUGCCCGUAGCAGUCGCCCGCUCCCCCUCACCCUCGGCUACCCAGGGACCGGCCGCUAAGCGUCAGCGCGUCGAGACCGCUGAGGCCGACGCCGGUGCCGACGCCGACAAGCCCACCGAGGACCCCAGCACCAGCGCCAGCCGCACUUCCACAGCCUCCUUUGUCUCGUCAACGGGCAAAGUCAAGGCCAAGCCCUCUUCCCCACAGCGCUCCUUCCGUCCUCUUCCCGAUGAGCCUACACCGGAGCAGCUUGCCGAGGUCGAGGCCAUGAUGGCCCUUGCCGUCGAGGCGGACAAGCGCGACACAUAUGCCUACCAGCCCAACUACCGCGACACGCUCGUGCUGGCGCCCAUGGUCCGCUCGGGAACACUGCCGGUGCGCCUGCUCAGUCUAUACCACGGUGCAGGGCUCGUUUGGACGCCCGAGAUUGUGGACAAGGCUAUUAUUGGGGCGCAGAGGGAUGUCGAUACUGUGACCGGCGUGGUCACCUACCACAAGGGCGGAGGCGCGAUCUGGACGACGCACCCUAUUGAGAAGCCAUUCGUCAUUUUCCAGAUCGGUUCUUCCGACCCCGAGCUCGCCGUCAAGGCUGCCCUCACCGUCGCGCAAGACGUCUCGGGUAUCGACCUCAACUGCGGCUGCCCCAAGCCGUUCUCGACCCACAGCGGAAUGGGCGCCGCUCUCCUCUCCACUCCGGACUUGCUCCUCGACAUUCUCCGCGCACUCGUAGCCAACGUGCCCCUCCCCAUCUCGGCCAAGAUUCGCCUCAUGCCUACUCGCGCCGAGACUCUUCUGCUCGCCGCCAGGAUCCUGAGGACUGGAAUCAGCAACCUGACAGUCCACUGCCGCACGCGUGACAUGCGGCCCGGAGAGAAGGCGAUUCACGCACGCCUGGCAGAGGUGGUCGAGCUGGGUAGGCGACGUGGACUGCCGGUGAUCUGCAACGGCGACGGAGAGGGCUAUGCCAACUGGGACGCGAUCAGGACCGAGACAGGUGCUACGAGCGUCAUGCUUGCUCGUUCGGCCGAGCGCAACCCCUCCGUCUUCCGACCUGCCGGCCCUCUGUGCGCCACCACGAUGCUCACCCCUCAACUGCUCAACGUCGCCUCGCACAUCCAGAACAACUGGGGCAACACCAAGUUCCUGCUCACAAUGUUCAAGCCAUCCCCUCCGCCUAUCGGCAAGCUGUCCAAGACGCAGAAGAAGGAAGCCAUGGAGUGUAUCGCGCGCGCCAAGACCAUCCCCGAUGUGGUUCGCAACUUCAGCAACAUGGGCCUUGGGGAGCACUUUGUGGUCAACGAGGCUGUUGGCAAGGAGUUUAUGGACGAGUUGAAGCGGAGGUUGGAGGGGAGGCCAGAGUGGAAUGUCUGGGCUGAGCGGGCCAAGGCCGUCGAGGAUGGCGUGGUGGUUGAUGCCCCCGAGCGGACUGCGGAGAGCAGUGCGGUGAGCGUGGCAAGCGCGGACGACGAGGAGGCGGCCAUGAACGCCGCUGCUGUCGCCGAGGAGGAGGCCAUGAACGCUGCUUCAGCAGCACCGGCGGCGAGUGAGGAGGAGGCUGCGAACGAGCCCGUUCGCGCCACGGCGUAG